ACAAAUUCUCAUCUCAUCUCGUCCUCGCUUACUCUCUUUCUCUCCUCUCUCUCGACUCGCAUCAUCUGGGGAGAGAGAUAGAUAGCAUUUCAACCCUAGUUUUUUCCCGCCGCCGCCCACCAUGGCUUCCGAUCAGCUUCAGCAACAAGCGCAGCUCGCGAUGGUCCUCGGCUCCGAUACGGCGCCGUUCGAGACUCUCAUCUCCCACCUCAUGUCCUCUUCCAACGAGCAACGCUCCUCCGCCGAGGCUCUCUUCAAUCUCGCCAAGCAGACCAGUCCCGACACCCUCGCCUUGAAGCUCGCUCACCUUCUCCAGCUCUCUCCUCACCCCGAAGCUCGCGCCAUGGCCGCCGUCCUCCUCCGUAAGCUUCUCACGCGCGACGACGCUUACCUGUGGCCGCGACUCUCUCUCCCCACUCAAUCCUCACUCAAAUCCUCGAUGCUGUCUUGUAUCCAGCGCGAGGAGGCGAAAUCGAUCUCCAAGAAGAUUUGCGAUACGGUCUCCGAGCUCGCCUCGGGGAUCCUCCCGGAUAACGGAUGGCCGGAGCUGCUUCCGUUCGUUUUCCAGUGCGUGUCGUCGGAUUCGUCGAAAUUGCAGGAAUCGGCGUUUCUGAUCGUGGCGCAGUUGUCGCAGUACGUUGGGGAGACUUUGACUCCUCACAUCAAGCAUCUGCACGGCGUGUUUCUCCAGUGCUUGACUAGCGAAUCCGCUAGCUCAGACGUCAAAAUCGCCGCUCUCAACGCGGUGAUUAGUUUCGUUCAGUGUUUAUCGAACUCUAAUGAGCGUGAUAGGUUCCAAGACGUUUUACCUGCGAUGAUUAGGACGUUGACUGAGUCUCUUAAUAACGGGAACGAAGCAACGGCUCAGGAGGCGCUAGAGCUUUUGAUCGAAUUGGCUGGGACUGAGCCACGUUUCCUUAGACGGCAGCUUCUUGAUAUAGUUGGCUCGAUGCUUCAGAUCGCAGAGGCUGAGUCCCUCGAGGAGAGCACGCGACAUCUCGCGGUUGAGUUUUUGGUAACUUUGGCUGAGGCGCGUGAGCGUGCCCCGGGGAUGGUUAGGAAGCUACCUCAGUUUAUUGACAGGUUGUUUGCGGUUCUUAUGAAGAUGCUUGAGGAUGUUGAGGACGAUCCUGCUUGGUAUAGUGCUGAGACUGAGGACGAGGAUGCUGGUGAGACGAGUAACUACAGCAUGGGUCAGGAGUGUUUGGAUCGGUUAGCAAUUGCCUUGGGAGGGAACACCAUUGUUCCGGUUGCGUAUCAGCAGUUUUCUGCUUACUUGGUUGCCUCUGAGUGGCAGAAGCACCACGCUUCUUUGAUUGCGCUUGCUCAGAUUGCUGAAGGUUGCUCAAAGGUGAUGAUAAAAAAUCUACAGCAAGUGGUGUCCAUGGUUUUGAGCCAAUUUCAAAGUCCUCAUCCUCGCGUAAGGUGGGCAGCCAUAAAUGCCAUUGGACAAUUGUCUACAGAUUUGGGUCCUGAUUUGCAAAACCAACAUCAUCAGAGAGUGCUCCCUGCGCUUGCUGCUGCUAUGGAUGAUCUCCAGAAUCCACGAGUGCAGGCUCAUGCUGCUUCAGCAGUGCUAAAUUUCAGUGAGAAUUGUACACCUGAAAUAUUGGCACCUUAUUUAGAUGGAAUAGUGAGCAAGUUACUGGUGCUACUACAAAAUGGAAAACAAAUGGUGCAAGAAGGAGCUUUAACAGCUCUUGCUUCAGUUGCUGAUUCAUCACAGGAACACUUCCAAAAGUACUAUGAUGUUGUCAUGCCUUACCUCAAAACUAUCUUGAUGAACGCAACUGACAAGUCUAAGCGGAUGCUUCGUGCCAAAUCCAUGGAAUGCAUCAGUCUUGUUGGAAUGGCAGUUGGAAAGGACAAAUUUAAGGAGGAUGCUAGACAGGUCAUGGAAGUUCUUAUGUCAUUGCAAGGGACUGAAAUGGAGGCAGAUGAUCCAAUAACGAGCUAUAUGUUACAGGCAUGGGCUAGGCUUUGCAAGUGUCUAGGCCAAGAUUUUCUCCCAUACAUGGAUGUUGUGAUGCCUCCUUUGCUUCAGUCAGCUCAACUUAAACCAGAUGUAACAAUUACAUCUGCUGAUUCAGAAAAUGAAGCAGAGGAUUCUGAUGAUGAAAGCAUGGAGACCAUUAUCCUGGGAGACAAACGAAUAGGAAUCAAAACAAGUGUCCUAGAAGAAAAAGCCACAGCUUGUAACAUGCUUUGUUGCUAUGCUGAUGAGUUAAAAGAAGGGUUUUUUCCCUGGAUUGAUCAGGUUGCACUUACACUGGUUCCUUUGCUGAAAUUCUAUUUUCACGAAGAAGUUAGAAGAGCAGCUGUGUCAGCCAUGCCGGAACUAAUGCGCUCAGCUAAGCUGGCGAUAGAGAAAGGAGAAGCUCAAGGGCGCGAUCUAUCCUAUUUAAAGCAGCUUUCUGACUAUAUAAUUCCAAACAUGCUAGAAGCGUUGCAUAAAGAACCUGAUACAGAGAUCUGUGUGAGUAUGUUGGAAGCUAUCAAUGAAUGCUUGCAGAUCUCCGGAAAUCUAUUGGACGAAGGGAAAAUUAGAUCCAUAGUUGACGAGUUAAAGCAAGUUAUGACAGCAAGCUCUAGCAGGAAGCGAGAAAGGGGAGAGAGAGCUAAUGCUGAAGACUUUGACGCUGAAGAGGGGGAGCUUAUUAAAGAGGAAAAUGAGCAAGAGGAAGAAAUUUUUGAUCAGGUCGGUGAAAUAUUGGGAACACUGGUUAAGACAUUCAAGGCCUCGUUUCUCCCUUUCUUCGAUGAGUUAUCCUCUUACUUAACUCCUAUGUGGGGAAGGGAUAAAACCGCUGAAGAGAGAAGGAUUGCGAUAUGCAUUUUUGAUGAUGUUGCAGAGCAAUGCCGUGAUGCUGCCUUCAAAUAUUACGAUACUUAUCUUCCAUUCGUACUGGAAGCUUGCAAUGACGAGAGCCCAGAAGUUCGACAGGCUGCCGUUUAUGGGCUUGGUGUGUGUGCUGAGUUUGGCGGAUCUGUAUUCAAGCCUCUUGUUGGAGAGGCUCUGUCAAGAUUAAAUGUUGUGAUACAGCAGCCAAAUGCUCGGCAAUCUGAAAAUGCCAUGGCAUAUGACAAUGCUGUAUCCGCUGUGGGAAAGAUCUGCCUAUUUCACCGUGACAGUAUCGAUUCUUCUCAGGUACUUCCUGCGUGGUUGAACUGUUUGCCUUUAAGUAAUGAUGUUAUUGAAGCCAAAGUGGUUCAUGAUCAGCUCUGUUCAAUGGUUGAGAGGCAAGAUGUGGACCUUUUAGGCCCCAAUAACCAGUAUCUUCCUAAAAUUAUAACAGUUUUCGCUGAGGUGCUUACAGGGAAAGAUGUGGUGACACAAGAGACGGCAGGUCGUAUGGUUAAUAUACUAAGGCAACUUCAGCAAACACUGCCGCCAUCGGCAUUGGGCUCAAUAUGGUCAACACUGAAACCCGAACAGCAACACGCUCUCCAAUCCAUGCUUUCAUCCUAAACGCACACCAAUCUGUUCAUUUACAGUGUCUUGUGAGCUUUAUUUUUCCACCACAAAGCGUCGUCAGUUUUGCAUUCAUGUGUUUACAUUAUUUUUGGGUUUGCAUUAUUCACCAUUUGUUGUUGGGAGGGAUGAAGAAUGGGUCUAGUCCUUCAUAAGUUAUGAAAUGAAAUUUCUAUCGCUAUGGUAGGAAAGUGUAUAUUAGAAGGGAAGGAAAGUUUGUGAAAUUGGUAAGCGUCAGUUGGGAAUUUGGUUGGGUUGUGACUCCCUGAAAAGACAGGUUCGAUGUUGGCUUUAUGUUUGGGAGAAAGAUGAAGUUUUUGUUCUUUUUUUUUUGUAUUAAAGUGAGAAUUUUGAAGUAAAUCAUUCUUUACACAUAUUGCUAUUGUUGAUUUGUGAUCUU